AUGAUUAAUGUGUUGUGUAAAGAAGGGAAGCUGAAGAAGGCAAAGGAGUUUGUUGGGUUUAUGGAGAGUUCGGGCAUUAAGCCUAAUGUUGUAACUUACAAUACGGUAAUUCACGGGUUUUGUUCAAGAGGGAGAGUUGGAAGGGCUCAAAUGAUCUUUAGUGCUAUGAAAGGUAAAGGUGUUGAGCCGGAUUCCUACACUUAUGGUUCGCUUAUUAGCGGGAUGUGCAAGGAAAGAAGACUUCAGGAAGCAGUGGGGCUUUUCAAUAAAAUGCUGGAAAUUGGGCUACUUCCAAGUGCUGUGACUUACAACACCUUGAUUGAUGGUUAUUGCAACGAAGGUGAUCUGGACAAGGCUUUCAGUUAUAGAGAUGAGAUGGUGAAGAAGGGUAUAAGACCGACUGUGUCAACUUACAAUUUGUUGAUUCAUGCAUUGUUUAUGGAAGGUAGGAUGGUUGAAGCUUCUGAGAUGGUAAAAGAAAUGGAAGAGAAGGGAGUGGUUUCUAAUGGAAUUACAUAUAACAUCCUAAUUAACGGCUAUUGCAGAAGUGGGAAUGCAAAGAAAGCCUUUAGCCUUCUUGAUGAAAUGUUGAGUAAAUCGAUAAAGCCUACUAAGGUAACUUAUACAUCACUUAUGUAUGUUUUGAGUAAAAACAAAAGAAUGAAGGAGGCAGAUGACUUGUUUAAGAAGAUAUUGACGAAGGGUGUUCUGCCGGAUCUUGUGAUGUUCAAUGCCUUGAUUGAUGGCCACUGUGCUAACGGUAACAUGGAGCGUGCAUUUGCACUUUUGGGGGAGAUGGAUAAAAUGAAGGUUCAUCCGGAUGAAGUGACUUACAAUACCCUAAUGCAAGGGCGUUGCAGGCAAGGGAAAGUUGAGGAAGCUCGUCAACUUCUGGACCAGAUGAAGAGAAGGGGGAUUAAACCUGAUCACAUUAGUUACAAUACCCUAAUUAGUGGUUAUAGUAAAAGAGGUGAUUUGAAGGAUGCCUUUAAAGUUCGGGAUGAGAUGUUGAGCAUAGGUUUCAAUCCUACCCUUCUAACUUACAAUGCCCUUAUACAAGGUCUAUCCAAAACCCAAGAAGGUGAUCUUGCUGAAGUACUCCUUAAAGAAAUGGUGAGCAGAGGGAUCAAACCUGAUGACAGCACAUAUUACUCUCUGAUUAAGGGGAUUGGGAAUGUUGAUGAAUUUGUCAGGAAGGGUGAUUCAUGA